AUUGAAGUUUUCUCUAAACGUGUUUUGCUUAGAACCCUUGUUCAUUACUUUCUUUUCGAGAUCCUUUGAUGAAUUUUGGUUUGGAUGCUAUGAACAUCCAUCCAGAUUACGCUAGUGAUCAGCCAAACAUGUCUGGAAACAGCAGAUCCAUCUUCGGAGGAGGUUCAGCAGAUAAGUCACAAAGCGGAAAUCCCCAGCAAAUGAUGACUGUGAGCAGCUUGACUCCAAACAGUGGCACAUCCACACUGCAGACAUCAGGUCAUAUCCUGUCUCCAGUACCAAAGUUUGUCUCUAAUCCAGCUCCACAAACUUCUCAGUCACGUACAACAAUGGAUUUGCUCCAAUUUACAAACCAAAAUCAACGGUUGAAACAACAUGUCUUUGAACACAAGGCUGUCCAACGCCCACCAACACAUCCCUCAAUAGCUCAAUCAACCAUCAUGUUUGGUCACCAAAAUAACAAACAGCAGAUGCCAUUCGAUCAUCUUCGUCCAUGUCCAUGGCCAGUGUCAACUAUCCAGACAAGCCAUCUACAAAACCAGCAGACCCUGAGGCAACAAAUUAGUAAUACAGGUCAAUUGCAGCAGCGACAACACCAGGUGGUUCAACCUUCCAAGAACUUUCAGCAGAACCUUAAUCAAAUACUGUUGCAAUUUCAGCAAAGGACGCCACAAGAACAUGGGCAACGAAAUAUUUCUGCUGCAUUGUCAGCUCCGGUCAAAUUUUCACAUCCAAAUGAAUUUUCUUCAAAUGAAACAUGGCGAGAGUAUGCUUUCCGACAGGUUUUAUUGAUGAAAGAGAACUAUUUAAAUGAACUACUAAAAAUGCGUAAGAACGCAAUGCAUUUAUACUCUCAGGAAAGAAACAUGGAAAUAGCAAAGAAGUAUGAAAACGCAAAAGAAUUUCUGGAAAAGAUGAUCGCGUUCUUGAAUAUCCCGAGGGUUGAUAUGAUUCCAAAGAAUAAUGAGAGAGUUUACAACUACAUGAAUUUCAUUGUCAACUAUUUGACCUCUUUUAGGAACAAGAACGGUGGUUUUUCACAGAACUUCAACCAAAUCAUCAAUCAGCAACCGGUUUAUCAACCACCUGAUAACCAAUCUAAAUAUAUCUAAGAGUCGAUGUUAUGGUAUUUUGCUCUAUCAAACAUUUUAUUUACCAAGUAUGAGUACCAUGCUAUAUCGUUGAAAAUAUUGUGUUUAUUUUAAAUCUAA